GGGCCUGGACAAUGCUGGGAAGACAACCUUCCUGGAACAGUAAAAAACACGAUUUAACAAGAACUACAAGGGAAUGAGUCUAUCCAAAAUCACCACUACCAUGGGUCUAAACAUUGGCGCUGUGGACGUGGGAAAGGCUCGUCUCAUGUUUUGGGACUUAGGUGGGCCGGAAGAGCUGCAGUCGUUGUGGAACAAAUACUAUGCAGAGUGCCAUGGUGUCAUCUAUGUCAUUGAUUCCACAGAUGAGGAGAGGCUAUCAGAAUCAAAAGAGGCAUUUGAGAAGGUGGUUUCGAGUGAAGCACUGCACGGUGUUCCCAUCCUGGUGUUGGCCAACAAGCAGGACGUGGAGACUUGCCUCUCCAUUCCUGACAUCGAGACUGCAUUCAGUGACUGGACCUGCAAGAUUGGCCGGCGAGAUUGUCUGACCCAGGCCUGCUCUGCUCUCACAGGCAAAGGAGUUCGAGAGGGCAUCGAAUGGAUGGCGAAGUGUGUCGUACGGAAUGUUCACCGGCCACCACGGCAGAGGGACAUCAUAAGCACCUCCAACUUCACAGUCUUGGACUGUUCAUCCCCUGGUGUUGGGAGAGGAUUCUCUGCUGGCUUCUGGCCUCCUGACGCUGGGGCUUGA